GUGAUCGAAAAAAGAAUAUUAACAUAUUUAACCAGACAUUUUUAUAUGCCCUGUAUACGUUGAUUAUUUGUGAAUGAAAACGUAAAAAUGAAAACAAUAAAAUCUUAGACAAAAAACAACGAGGUCGAAAAAAUGCAUCAUGGGUUUCAGUCGAUAUUUAAAUAUCAGUUUGAUUUUAAUUCUGUUCGAGAAUUAACAAUCAAUUUCUACUAUCUUUUCUUAAAAUCAUGCAGAGACGUCAUUUAUCAGAAGCUGACCGACUUCAUCGUUUAAGGAUCAUUCAGGUUAGCUCAAUACAAGUUGAUGUGGCCUCUGCAAUUAAUAUUGAGGAAUCUGUAGUGUGCAGACUCUAUCAAUGGUUUUUAGAGACUGGACAUGUGCUAGAUUGGCCUAGAGAAGGUUGACUAAGAGAAACAUUUGAUCGGGAAGACCGAUUAUUAUUCAGAGGAGCACGAGCGGACCCAAUAAGAAAUUUCUUAGACAAGACCUGAUUUUGGCUACUGGACGUCAUGUCUCCUGAUCUGAAUUGCAGAACAUGCCCAGGAUGUGAUUGGAAGAUCAUUAAUUGCUCACCAACCCAGUGCUCACAUUACCUGAGAGUUAAGACAACUCCUUCUAGCAAUAUGGGACGCUUUGGAUUAAAAUCAUCUGGAUGAGCUGAUAAGGAGUAUGCCAAACCAAUUUCUUUCAAUUGAAAUAACUAAAUUGUAUAAAAAUAAAGAAUAUUUCAUGUUACUUUUAUAGUAAAAACUUAAAAUUCCAUCAGAAAUUAAGAAGUGUUGAUUAAAAAAAAUCCUGCAUGAUUACCGAAGAAGUCGUAAAAACAGAAAUUCGUGCAACUGCACUUGUAAUCAAUCGCCUUACGCCGGCUCGAUUUCCUGCCGAAUGCACAUGUCGCUCUCCUGCUCGAACCGCACGGUCCGAAAGAAGUGGGGACGGCUCACCGGCAGCAGGAGAAAGGACAGGUGAGAGGGAAACUGAUACAGUUUUUUUUCUUCUGAACACCACCACAAUUCGGGGUUUCCUCGACGUGACGCGAUUCCGAACGGUCCGAGUGCACAGUACGUUUUACGACGCGUCCACGCCAACAUUUGUUGGUUUUUUAAAAAUUUUUUUCUUGCCGACGUUUAGGACCGACUUUAGUUUGUAGUGGUGGCAUGUUUGUGAAUUUCAGUGUCGGAUGAUCGAUUUAAGUUUCAGGAUUAAUUCGACGUUUGAUGCUAUGGAUCCUACUCUGAGUAGAGUACCAUACGUGUUCUGAGUGAAAUAAUUUUUAUGUGACCAACUGGAUCAAAAUGAAGCCAUCAAUUAUUCUACUCCUUGUCUGCCUGUUGUGCGCAGACGCCCAAAGACGUGCACCGUCCCGCGACGCACCAGAACCCGAAAAACAACCGGACAAAGCCCCGUCGCAUCCCAGAGGGAGAGGCCGCGCCCGAUUCACCACCACCCCCGAAUUCACCCAAAUCACCGAGGCCCAAAAACAGGAAACAACCACCAGAAAACGAGUCAACCCCGUGGCCUUGGAGCGACGCACCCAAACGGCUCCGGCCAGCAGGACUUACGAGGUCUCGGAAAUAGUCGAAGAAUCACCGAUUGAUUCGUUCAAAAGGCAAAGUAAACCUAGAGUGUUGACUGAAAGUCGGUUUGAAGCCAGAAACGCCCCGAAAAAGCCUCUGUUUGAGCCUGCACCAUCAACUCCUGAGCCAACUGUUGAUGAACUACUAAAGUCUUUCGGUAGCAACUUAGAGACCACCAUCCCCGACAUUUCAAUCACCACCAUAAAACAGGAUUUGGACUCGACGUCUGAGGACUCAGAAAUAGCCAGUGCCAACAAUGUUUUACCUAGCACAGAACCGUCGAAACAAGACAACGAAAUCAAAAAAGAGAAUUCUAAAGCACCAGAAACAACAACAAAAACGGAACAAAGGCGCCCACAAAAUAGGCGAGUAAACGUUGUAGCUAGAGGUAGGGCUACUCCAAUUCAAACCGAAGUUUCGACGCAAGCCUCAAGAACGAGAGGUAGGACGAGACCGACCAGAAAACCUGAGGUUACUUCAGCCUCCACAACCACCGCUUCCACCAGAGCCGCACUGAGAACAGGAAGGAGACGUUCUGAAAUUCCUGAACCUAUCAAAUCUCGAGGGCCGUCCGUUUUGUUAGCAGAAGAAACCCGUGAGGCGCCCAGCAGAUCAAGAACCGGGCGUAGAAUUAACAACAGAGUAGAAGAAAAAUCCCCGGAGAAGAUUACUAUAGAUUUAAACGCAGCUCCUGUCACGAAUUCGAAUUCCAGAUCUAGAUUUUCAGGGAAACCUACUGCAAGAUCUGAAACAUCUACUCCCUCUCGCAGGGCGGGAUCUAGGUUUCCGUCGAGGACCGCAACAACUGAAGCUUCGAGAUCAACGACUUCUGCUCUGCCUGUUACUAAAGGCACGACACAUGUCAGGAAAGCUUUGAGGAGCAGGACUAGAGUGACUACUACAACUCUUAGUCCACCGGUUUUUGAUGAACAGAAAUUGGAGGUGCUACCUUUGUUUGAAACUGAGGCUAAAACUGUUUUGCCUGCUAAGACUAAGAGGAAUUUUAGCGGAGAAGAAAUGAGUGCCACCGAAACUGAUAACAAGUUUACGGCGAAACCCAACGACAUACAAUCUAGAGUGACGGUUUCACACAGAGUCGAAACGAGGAAACAGACGUACUUCAAACGAAAGGUUACCAAAAGACCUUUGGUAAAAGAGACGGUUGUUGCGGAAGUCACAGAGGUCACAUCCAGAUCGACCGCCAGAAAAAGAAACAACGAAAUCCCCGUCGAAAUUAAAGGAAGAAUUAAAGUUGACGACCCCAAAGUCUCCGUCAGCAGUUCUAUUUCUAGAGGCAGAAAGAAAAGUUCGGCGAGGAACAAAUCGGACUUGACCAGUUCCGAGGAGGACAUCGAAGACGGUGACAACUAUCCCAAGGAGUUCAAGGCGCUGAUCCAGGCGAAAAAGAACAAAAAGGAGUCAAGGUUGCCGCCGCGAACGAAUCCCACGACGGGAAGAACGAAUGAUGUUGCGAGCACUGUACCAUCAACGGUACCCACGGUCACGACGACUACGCAGAGUACCACUACGACCGUAACCACUGAAGCCGUAAAAGAGAAUGCAGAUUUGGAAAAUGAAGUACUACCGAAAACGACAGCUCCAACGUUCAGGCCUACCAGAAAAAGAAUUGUCAAAGUUUUGGAAAAAACAACACCAAGACGUCAACCUUCAACAACAAGACAAAAAGUUGUCAGAUCAACAACUUUUGCCCCCAUAGAAAGUACCAGGACCUCACACAGAUUCCAUGCGAAGUUCAACUCCAAACCUGAAAGCUCAGAAAGUUCAUUAAGAACGGAAAAGAACUACAAGUCUUCAAGAAAUAGAUACAGUAGCAGGAAAAGUAAAGAAACAGUUAAAGAAGAAAAAUCAGGAAAAGUUCCCACUGAACCCACUAUUAAACCAACACAAAUAAGCAGGAACGCAGCAGGAGCAAAGAAAUCAAACAGAUUCAGCGCCAAAUACCGCGGCGACACCUCGCUGCGAGGAGCCAGAUCGUCGACCGCCGCGCCAGCCUACAUUCCUACCAUACCGACCGCGCCGUACGUCCCGACCAUACCGACCCUGGUGCCGCCCACCACAACUAUAAAAUGGAGUAAAGGAACGCUGGACAAAGAUUUGGGCCUUGAGGUACUAACGAUCGAUGACCCAGUAGCGUAUACAGUGCCUUCAGCAAAUCUAGUCAACGAAGAAUUCGUGUCGCCUACCAAUAGCAACCGCCUGUCGAACUCCGUGGUAACGACCACCGAGAAACCAGUGUCCAUUAUAGAGCGCAUUAUAAACAGCAUAACAGCGAUAUCGACGACAGCGGUGCCGGACGCCAUGACGACGCCGUUCACGACGCCCAAAACCGAACCGUCCGCCAUAUUGAAAUUGGCCACCAAAAAGCCGACCAAACAAGACAAGACGCAACCAGACAAGACUAACAAUCCAAGUAUCACGACCGAAAAACCGACAACAAUCAUUGAACGCAUCCUAAGUUCAUUGUCUGCCAUCCAGGCAGACGACGAAAUCAAUUCAAACAAAGUAGGUAACAAUUUUAAUACUUUAAGCUCUCCCUCCACUACGCCCAUCUCUAGAGUAACCAAGUCCUCACGUAGUAUUCCUUCGCCUACUGCACAAUUUAGCACCAUCAAUCCCCUCACCAUCUUAGACGAGAUAUCCGACGAGCAGGUACUUCAAAAACGAACAAUUGGUAAACUUCUCUCCUUGCUCAAUGGUCUUACCUCCACGGUUAAAACUCAAACGAUUGUUGUCACGCCUAAACCCUCCAACACUCUGACCACACUGACCACCACUGACUCGACACUCUUCACCUCCACCCCCUUGCAAGACGACGUCAACAUCAACUCUAGAUUCAAUGUAGAUAGCACUGAAGCAGCCGUUCCUUCCACUGUACAAUCUAGCACUGAACCGCCUUCAACUACUGUUCCAAGCACUGAAUCUAUUACAACCGCUGUAACUGAAGCUAGUUCAGUUCCUAGCACUGAAGCUGCAGGCUCAACAACUGAAGCAGUCACGAGUACUGUUCGUACAACCGAUGAAUCUUCUACAGUUUCAAAAGAAAUAGCUACUCCAAACCCCUUAAGUCUAGACAGCAACGAUCUCGGGGUAUUAAAUCUGUUCGUCGCACCGGAUGUGACGAGAGACUUAACGGAAAGUUCUACAGUAGGAAUGGAAGGGGAAUUCACCGAAACCGUUUACACUAUACCAUCUACAAUACCCACACUAUCGAAUUUCGAAGAUAACGUUGACGAAAACACAGUACCGUCAGUUGACCUGAAUUCCCCCAAUCUAAGUACCAGUACGUCUGGAUCUCCCACGGUUAGUACCAGUACUCCAAACACAUCUACACUAGACACCCCGACCAGUACCACUAGCGCGGGCGAAAACCGAGAGGGAAAGGCUCUUGAUAUUGAUAGUACUACUAUUAAUUCCCCCAUCAGUACAACCGAAGGUGCAAGUGAGUCGGUUCAAUCUAGCACUGAACAGGUUGUACAAAUUACCCCAGAAAAAGCUUUGGAAAUUGAUAGUACCACAGUAAGUUCCCAGAUUAGUACUGAAGGUUCAAAUGCCGCCGUUGAAUCUAGUACGGAACCAGUUGUUGAAAAUAAAGUUGAGGAUGCGGUUACAAUUAGUGCUCAAAUUAGUUCUACAGAAGGUUCAAGUGAAUCAGCGCAGUCGAGUACUGAGUUAGUUGCAGAUAAAGAUAGCACCACUGUAGUUUCCCAAAUUAGUACUACAGAAAUUCCAAGUGCAACAACAGAAGCGAGCACCGAAGCAGUAGUAGAAACCAGAGCUGGUAAAGCUUUGGAUAUCAAUACUGUAACAAGUGGCCCAAAUGAGUCAGAACAAACGAGUACAGAACCAGCUGCAGAUGUUCAAAGUAGUACACUGACACCACAACAAUUGAGCACUUUAUCCCCUGAACUUAGCACGAUGUUGAGUAUUUUGAGUACGACAUUGGGAGGUAGCAGUACUACUCCCAGUCCGACGAUUCCGACUUUGUCCGAGCUGUUGAACGGAAGAACAUUAGAGGCGUUUAACGAUUUAAUCAAUAACUCGAAAUCCAAUUACCAAACUCUGAUGGUGAAUCAGUGGAAUGAAGUAGUAAACAUACAAGACUUGAUAAAACAGAACGACGUUGUAUACAGAUGGAAACCUGUUACACGACCAUACAACCAAGACAACAAGGAUGGUACUUCUACUGUUCCUCCUACAACUGCAAGAACCACUUUAAAACCAACGGAGUCUACUUCUUCAGUACCAUCGACGACUGAGCCACCUAAACCCACGGAACCACCAACUCAACCAACCACCACUGAAGCCACAACUAAACCAACGGAACCACCACCGCCACCAUCUUCAAGUGAGGUGAGCGUUAUAGGUAGAGUGGCAGAGGUACCAGAAAAUACAGAGAACAUACUCACAACUACAACUGCUGAACCGAUCCAAACGACCACACAAACUGAACCACCAGUCACAACUACUUUAAGAACAACCACAGAAGCAAUAAGAUACACAUCUACACCAACAACCACCUACCAAACGUUCGAACCAAUCGUAACAUCAAUACGUCCCACAUUAGCCCCAAUAACCACCCUGUUCCCGAACUUCUUGACCACAUUGUUGUCCACGUUACAGCCGGUAACGCUAGCCCCGCCAACCACCCAAGAAACUCCAAAAGAAGUCAACACUGAUCAAAUUUUGGCGGCUACGACAAUUGCUCCAAGUACUUCAGCACCAUUUUUGAGCACUAGAGGAAGGGUAGGUUACUUUGACACUAUCAGUACGGACAUUCCGUUGACGACACGUAGAAGAACACAACCACCAAUCACUAUCACAACCAAUCCACCCACAACGACACAGUCCCCAACACGUCUUCCGUUAACCACAAGAGUUUCAAGAACAACGAUUCCAACGAGAACUACAAUUAUUACAUCUGUGCCGUAUGUCGAGACGACCACUUCCAAAAGAUUAAAGGAGUUGACUGAAGAGCAGAAGCAAAACUUGAAGACGUUGGCGGAGUUAGAGAAGGAACAGGCUGCUCUUUUGAAUCAGUUGUCCAUUCUUACCAGUUUUGCAAAUGGAGGGCGCAAACCAGCUUCUGAAAACGGAAAUCUCGCUAAUAGAAUCAUAGCUUUGGCAAUGGAUAGAGACAGAACAAAGACGACUACAGAAGGCACAACCGUUUCAGUAAGAGGAGGCAAAAAAUUGGAGCCGUCCCUGGACGAAGUGCUAAAACAAUACAAUCUCCAAGGUUUGGAAAGUGUGACAGCUUCACCUUCACCAUCCAGCGCCUCGACUUUCGGCAAAUCCAACGAAGCUCUAAUCGCUUCGCUGUUGAAGCAACAGGGAAUCGGACCCACGACUCCAAGUAUUCUGCAAGGAAUUUACACGCAAACAACUACAAGACCUCCGCGCACCACCACGAGACAGCCUGGAAGGAUCCUGCAAGGUUUGAACUGGUUGUUAAACGCACUCUCACCACAGCCUCAAGCGCCAAGACAAAAGCCCAGACCGAAGACCACGACCAGUAGUCCGUCGGAUGACGAAUUGUUGACGAACCUUCCUACUCAUAUUACACCUGUAGUCACUGCAGCCCCAAAAAUUCGUCCUAAUCAACUGUCACAAGAGGACAUUAAAAAACUGAUCAACCAGUUGGAGACGUUGCAGAAGAAUCCACGCGACAGCAAGGCGUUGGACUUUACGCAGAUCAAAAGCCUUCAAAACCUCAUCAACACAAACGAGGGCGUGUUGGUAACUUCUUCGGGCGAAAGCGGAACAACAAGACCGUCAACACGAAUGAUUGCCACGACUCAACUUCCGGCCAUUACGACGAAUUUGAUAGUUGAAGAAGAAGACUACGUGCCUACAACCACAACAAGACCGAGGAUUUCCUUGCCACCAGUCAGAUUGAAUCCCGUUCCCGGUGUCGACGACGAAAAUUCGGAUCCCUACAUCCGAGGAAACUUGAUAACAGCAGCCGUGAACGUGACGAGGGCGAUUUCCAGCUUCUUGGGGUCGGCGUUGCAGGAUGCCGCCUUCCAAUUUACGAAAAUGUUCUCGAGCAAUCCCAGUUCCUUAUUACCAAACGUAGCAAACUUUACUGCCAUUAGCGGUUAAGUCACUUGGUCGAUUUAGGAUAGUUUAGUGAAAUGAAUGGGUGCAGCACAAUCGUUCCAGUCUAUAAUAAGCAAUGGAUCCAGAGUGGUCAAUGGUUACAUGCAGGGAUCCAGCAGUAGACCGGGAUGAAUGGGGAAAGUUUCUUAAUUUUUUAAUUAAUUAAUUAAUUUCUUCAAUCUUUUAUUUAUUUAUGCCUCUGGUGAACUAUUUUAUAAACUAUAUCUGAAAUUCAGACAAACUAGGACUUAACUGAAUUUGUGUAUUUCUUAUUUCCUUAUUAUUAUUUUAGUGUCUUUAUUAGAGUAUUUUAAUGCUGUUUCCUUGUUUCUUUCUGCAUGAAAAUUGUGAUAAUUGUAAUUCCUAUUGAAUGUCCUCAGCACUUUUUCAAUUAUUCUAGGAUUGUUAUUAUUGCAGUGAAUUGAUUUUAAUGUAAUUUACGCUUUUUUGUAUAUAGUAACACGAAUUGUAAAUUAUUAUUGUUAUAUGUGUAUUAUAGUAUGAGGUUUUAGACUUAAUAAUAAUGUAAAUAAUAAAAAAAGUAAUG